GCCAUUUUCGAAUUCACUACGCCCAUCGUCGUAGUACAACGUCCUACGGAUGAAGUGCAUACCAAUCCUCUUUUCCUUGCUCGUGCUGGCGGCCGCCCAGAAUUCGAGCGAGACGCCGACCCCAACGAUCACAUCCCCCACGCCGCCGCCCAUCACAACGACCCUUCCACCUCCAAUUACACCAGAUCCGACAACAACCACAUUACCACCAACCACGACAACCACAACUCCUGUGACCACAACUACCACCUCGGUUCCCGUGACGACGACGCCAGUCACCACACCACCAGUUACUACGUCUGCGGUCACCACCGCGCCGCCUCAGACGACGUCUCCUUCGACAACGACUGGCACAACGACUACCUCUCCAGCUACCUCUCCAGCCACGACAUCGCUACGACCUGUUACGACCAGUCCACCUGGUACCACCACCACGGAGGCGCCAGUCCCCACCACAACUCCUGCCACAACGACGAAUGCAACCAUCAACAUCGAAGCAACGUCGGCGGUACCCACCGCGAAACCCGCGGAAAGCACCUCCAAGACGAACGUGGUUUGGAUCAUCCUAGGCGGUGCCGUUGGUGUGUUGGUCGUGGGCAUCGGGUUUGUCUUUCUCAUGAAGCGAUCGCGAAAGGACGAAGGCCAUGAUGACGACGUCAUUUCCAAUUACGGCGGAAACUUGAGUUCCCCGAACGUGGGGUACACGUCGAAUCUGUCCACGAGCCAUUUCCUGCGCAACAUUCCUCCAGUCGUGUCGCCGACUUCUCCCAUUGCCGACCCGCCUCUCGUCGUUGGAUGUGCGAGUCUCCCAAUCGAAGAACAGUUUAUGAACGGCCUCGACAUCCCUCGACAGAGUUCGUCGAGUUCGACGGGUGAUGCCACGCGCCGGGCGAACGGCAGCGCCGAUUCCCCUAAUUUGUGGCAAAGCGCGAUGACAACCAGCCCGCAGGGCGGCGCGUCCAAGGAAUUUGAAUCGUCCGUAUAUCCUUGGAAUCAAACUGACAGCUACUCGAUUCGGCCGAGCUAUUCGAGCGACGGGCACCUCUCCGACUCGUUUGCGAGCAAGCAGUCGAGCUCCAUGAACGCUCCAUUCCGCGGCUCGCAUGCGCUGUAGUCACGUACUAGUCUAGUAACAAUGCGUCGCGCUUCCCAGCCAUCGAAUCUGUGGGUGCAUGCAUCCCUUCCCGAUAUACAGCAGUCUUUUGUCCACCAGAUCCAUAUCGCGAUAAACUUGCCAUCGUGGCAACGAUGUCCAGGCCA